CUCCGUCAAGGAAGUCCCUGCUCUACCCAAUGUCAUGUCGCCAUGCUGAGAACGCUUCAGGUGUGUGUCCGUCGUCAGGUGUGGAGGAGCGUCGGUUCCGUGGCCGCUCCGGUUAGAAGGCGGCCGACGCGGGGCCCUGCCCCCGUGACAGGUCGCUCUGUGAUCCGGAACGAGGUCCGAAGCUGCACCGUGGAUCCAGACCUGGAGGAGCAGUUCGUAUUCUUGAACUGUUUAGACCCAGAGAAGGAUCCUCAUCAGGAGGAAAAGCAGCUUCUCCAACAGCUGACAGACUCCCAGACCUCUAGUGGAUCUGGUCCAGAUGAUCCAGUAUCUCCUCAGAAACACCAGAGGGGUUUGGAGCGUCAGCUUCAGGUGUUAAAGGGAGCAUCUCUCCAGGAGUCGACACUGGAUUCCCUCAUUCAGUUCCAGGAUGUGGACUUCCCGCUAAACGAGAGCAUCAUAAAGUCCACAAAAAAGAAGAAAAAGCCAAAAAGUGAACAGAAGAUUUUUGGGACUCCGGACCAGGACGUUCCAGUUGGGGACACCUGCUGCUACGGCUGUGGUGCCAUUCUGCACUGCUGUGUUCCCAGCCUGCCGGGUUACCUGCCCAGUGAGAAGUACAAGGCGCUGCUGCAGGAGGGGGGUUUAAAUGGAGCCACCUGCCAGCGCUGCCACCUCAUCACGUACCACCACAAAGCCCUGGAUGUGCAGCUGUCCCGGGACCAGUACAGAGAAGUGGUGCAGCAGGUCCGAACCAAGAAAGCUCUGGUGCUGCUCAUUGUGGACCUGCUGGACCUGCCUGACUCUAUUGUGCCAGACCUGCCUGACCUGGUGGGAACCAACAAGCAUGUUGUCGUCCUGGGCAACAAGGUGGACUUGUUGCCAAGAGACUCGCCCAACUACCUGCAGCGCAUCAAGAAGCAACUGGGCCAGUACUGUCAGGAUUCCGGGUUUGGACCUCAGGUGACCGAUAUCCAUCUGAUCAGUGCAAAGACUGGGUAUGGGAUCGAAACCCUGAUCUCCAGCCUGCAGCGCUCCUGGAAGUACAAAGGGGACGUGUACCUGGUGGGAAGCGCCAACGUGGGCAAGUCAACGCUCUUCAACACGCUGCUGGAGUCCGAUUACUGCAAGUCCAGAGCUGCUGACGUGAUCCAUAAAGCCACCAUCUCCCCAUGGCCUGGGACCACUCUAAACCUGCUGAAGUUCCCCAUCAUCAACCCGACUCCGUACAGGAUGUUCAGACGCCAGGAGCGCCUGAAAGAGACAAAGCAACAGGAGGAAGCGGAGCUACCACCCAAAGAGCUAAAGAGGCUACAGACGCUCCGUCGACAUGGAUACUUAGUGGGUCACGUUGGACGCACAUUCCUGCCCAGACAAUCCAAAACAGCUGAAAUCGAGUUUGACCCGGACAGUUUGGCCUUCAGCGAAGAUGACGAUGGAAGUUUGACAGUAACCGUUGUCAGCGGGUCACAUGAUGAACUGAGCCACAACGAGCUAAAGGAUGCCCACUGGCUGUACGACACACCUGGGAUCAUUAAGGAUCAUGAUAUCCUCCACCUGUUGCAGGAGCAGGAGGUCCGCUUGGUUGUCCCAACUCAGGCCAUCGUCCCUCGAACGUUUGUGUUAAAACCCCAAAUGAGUCUGUUUGUUGGAGCUUUGGCCAGAAUCGACUUCCUGCAGGGGGGAAAGUCCUGCUGGUUUUCAGUCCUGACCUCCAGUCAAGUCCCAGUUCAUGUCACCAGUCUGGAGAAAGCUGACAGCAUUUAUGAGAAACACGCAGGAGGAGCCCUGCUGGGGGUGCCUGUAGGAGAUUCUGAAAGGAUGGAGUCUUUCCCCUCAUUAGUUCCUCAGGACGUGUGUUUGGAAGGUCGAGGUUACCUGGAUGCUGCAGCUGACAUCACUUUGUCAUCAGCAGGUUGGGUUGCUGUGACCGCAAUCGCGGGUGACCAGGUGCAGCUGAGAGUUCAUGGUCCAGCAGCUGCAGGAUAUGGUCUAAGGACCUCACCACUUCUUCCUCACAUUGUGUCUCAGAAAGGACAACGUGUCCAUAAAUCAGCAGCCUACAAACCUGUGAAAGCUGCAGUAACCCUGGACAGAUGGACCGGUGCCAUGGCUCAGGGGCCACAGGACCAAAAGAAGAAGAGCUGAGACAUCGGGAUGAGGACACACAGUGAUGGUUUGUUCUGCUUGGGUUUAAGUUCUGCCACCAGUGAUCCAUGUCCAGGAGGAGCUGUGUUUACCUGCUCUAAUGCAAUUACACAACCAGAUGUGUGUCCGUAGAUAAUCUCAGCUCCACUUGUUACCUGUCUGUCUCCAUGGUAACACAAGCUGUAGACCCACAUGUUCUGGAUCAGAUGAAUGAUAUAAAAGGUGCUCCUGAUCAUUCAGGGAUCAUAAAAACUUUCCAAAUUAUGAAGACUUAGGUGGACAGAAACUGUCCUGUCCUCAGAAGAAAACGGUUCUGUUGGACAGAACUAAGAAAAAUCUUGACAGCUCAGCAGCACUGGUUCUGAUGGAGCCUUAAACAAGCCCAGGUUCUGAUCUUUCCUCUGCUGUACCUGGUGUGUACCACCUCAAUAAUCCAGUCUGAACACACACCUGAGAUGAUGCUUAGAUUCCUAAAGUCUGCCUCAGUUGUUUAUUAAAUGCAUUCAGAGAACA